AUGGUGGCGGCAUGGUCCGAUUCAGAAUCUGAAGAAGAAAAAUUUGAUGAAGAUGCACAAGCGAAUCUUUACUUAAUGGUGCAUAGCGACUCAGAAACUGCUGAUGAACCACAAGAGGCAAAAGUGAGGGGGAACAACCUGUGGUAUCUUGAUAGUGGUUGUUCUAAACAUAUGACUGGAGAUAAAUCAAGAUUUCUCUCACUAAUGCCUUUUCAAGGAGGGAAUGUGACAUUUGGAGAUGACAAAAAAGGUGAAAUCAUUGGAAUUGGUAAGGUUGGCAAGUCACCUUCUCACUGUAUUGAUAAUGUCUUCUUGGUCAAAGGUUUGAAACACAAUCUUUUAAGCAUUUCUCAAUUUUGUGACAAAGAUUAUGAUCCCUUGUUGUGGCAUAGAAGAUUAGGACAUGCCAGUUUAUCUACCUUGAAAAAACUAAGCUCACUUGACUUAGUUGUUGGCUUACCAUCAAUUAAGGUUGAAGAUAACCAACUAUGUGAAGCUUGUGCAAGAGGUAAGCAUGUUAAGUCAUCAUUCAAAUCCAAGAACAUGGUUUCUCAAAGUGACAAGGGUACAAUGAUUCAUCAACAAAAGUACCUCAAAGACCUUCUAAAAAAAUAUGGGAUGGAAGCCUCUAAGCCGCACAAGACUCCAAUGGGGAUUGGAGAUAGAUUAAGUGAGGACAAAGAAGGUAAAAGUGUGGAUGAAAAAAUGUAUAGAGGUAUGAUUGGAUCACUUUUAUAUUUAACAGCUAGUAGGCCUGACAUUGUGUUUAGUGUAGGCUUAUGUGCACGUUUUCAAUCCAAUCCCAAAGAAUCCCAUUUGAAAUCUGUUAAACAGAUAUUAAGAUACUUAAAAGGAUUUGAUAACUUAGGAUUAUGGUAUCCUAGGGGUGCUAAUUUUGAUCUAGUGGCAUAUAGUGAUGCAGAUUUUGCAGGUGACCUUGUUCAUAGAAAAAGCACUUCAGGUAUGGCUCAAUUUCUUGGUCCUUGCUUGGUUACUUGGGGUUCAAAGAAACAGAAUACUAUUGCAUUAUCCACUACUGAAGCUGAAUAUAUUUCUGCUGCCCUUUGUUGUGCUCAAUUGUUAUGGAUAAAACAACAGUUAAUUGAAUUUGGAAUAAAUUUUGGUUGUAUGCCUAUCCUUUGUGACAACUCAAGUGCUAUAAGAUUCCUAGAUCAUGAAUUACAAGUCCAUGAAGCAUCCUUGAAGGUGAAUAAAUUGUGA